AUGGGACAGACUUUGGAGAAUGCAAACUUGCUUCAGAUGAUAAAAACAACACUGACUGGCACACGUACCAGGACUUCGGAUCAAACUCAUCUGUUGCCCACCCUUUAUCAAGGCAGUGGAAACAGUGCAUCCCAGGAACCCGCUGAAGUUUCAGCUGAGUCGCCUCUGAGGUCAUCAUCUCAAGAUGCAGAUGAAACAGCUGCAGCUGCUGUAUCAGUGUUAUCUGGAGUAUCUUCUGGUGCAAUACCUACAGUAGGAACUUCAGAAGCAAAACCACUAACAAGAAAAUCAUCUUCAGCUUCACCAGUGCCAGCUUCUUCCUUCUUUUCUCUAGGCACUGAAAACACACCUUUGCCAUCUGUGAUGGCUUUAAGCACACCAAUACUGACACUAACAAAAAAUAACACUGCCACAAAAUUGGCAUCGGAUCUAAGCUCAGUAGGAACACAUAUAGAUUUUCCUUUUGCAACAAGAAACGCAACUGCAUCACCCGUGGAUGUGACAGCUAUGCUCGUAAGCCCUAAAAGCAGCACAGUCACAGCUUCCACGCUUGCACCCACAGCACAUGUACCAAGGCAGAUAGAAACACCAGUAACUGACACCCAGAAGUUCCCAAGCUCAGACAUCACCAAAACGUCAACCCCAUAUCCACUGACAAUUACAGCAGCUUUGACAUCUAUUACAGCAUCAGCGAAAACAACUAGGCUUCCCCCUACUCCAGUGGAAAACACCUCUGCUCCUCCCGAAACCACGGCAGCAGCCGCUUUCGCUAACAUGACAGCAGCUCCUCCCCUGGAUUGCCGGCUCUCCAGGAACCUUAUGGUUAAAACAGUUCUGUUUCUGAACACAAGGAGGACGCUGAUCAGCAAUCCCUUCAAGGAGAGUGUGAGAAAAGGACUCAACCAAGUGCUGAGACAAGCUUUCAACCAAAAUGUCAGCGCUCAGGUUGAAGUCCUGGAGCAAUCAAAUAACGUAACAGUUGGUUACUACGUUACACGGGGCAGACUGGUUUUUAUGCCAGCUGCUGUAAUUGAAAGGCUUCUUGCGUACGACAUUAGCAAUGCCACAGCAGACAUAAAGCAGCAUGUACCACAUCUCCAGUCCGUGGCAGCCCUGGCCUUGCCGUGGGAGCCCCUUCCUGCAUACCACUUCCAGCUGAAAACAGAGCUGCAGUUUGUGGGUCAAACAGAUAAUAUACAGUCAUGCAAAUUUGUUCAGACCAUGGAGCAACGGUUACAGAGAGCGUUUCAGGAUGCUGAAAGAAAGGUCUUAAACACCAGCAACAACUUAACAGUUCAGAUUUUGAACACCUCCAAUGUCUCCCAAGCUGUCACUCUGUUUUAUGUAGUGAACAAUCAAAGCACAACUCUAAAUGGCACUAUUUCCAGCAACCUCCUUAAUCAGCUGUCAGCUGAGCUGGUGAAUUUCUAUCUAACCUACCCGCCUCUCACCAUUGCAGAAUCUUUGGAGUAUCCAAACCUUGAUGUCUCAGAGUCAACUAGAGACUACUGGGUGAUAACAGUUAUUCAAGGGGUUGAUAUUGCAUUACUGGGACUGAACAAUCAGAGCUUUGCAAGAUUAAUGGAGCAGCGUUUGGCCCCGCUGUUUAUGAUGUCCCAUCAGCAAGGAAGACGAUUCAAACGUGCCACUACUGUGGGCAGCUACACUGUGCAGAUGGUAAAAAUCCAACGUAUUCCAGGACCCAAGGAGCCGGCUGAACUGACAUACUACACUUUAUACAAUGGGAAACCUUUGCUGGGCACUGCAGCUGCCAAAAUUUUGAGUACCGUUGACUCCCAGCGGAUGGCCUUGACAUUAGGUUAUGUUAUUCAAGUUCAAGCUGAUCCUGUGGUGAAGAACCCCCCGAACAACCUGUGGAUCAUUGCAGCGGUGCUGGCUCCCAUUGCUGUGGUUACGGUUAUCAUCAUCAUCAUCACAGCGGUUCUGUGCAGAAAGAACAAGAACGACUUCAAACCAGACACCAUGAUGAACCUGCCUCAGAGAGCUAAACCAGUACAAGGCUUUGACUAUGCCAAGCAACACUUAGGUCAGCAGGGAGCUGAAGAUGAGGUUUUACCUAUAACUCAGGAGACCGUUGUACUUCCACUUCCAGUUAGAGAUGCUCCUGCCUCCCAGGAGAGAGAAGUUACACAGGAUGGGAGCACCAUCAAAACUGCCAAAUCCAAUGAAACAAGGAAAAGCCGGUCCCCGAGUCAAAACGGCUCCAUCAUCAGCAACGGGUCGGGAAAGCCCAGCUCCGGCCGGAGCUCCCUCCAGAAAGUAAUGGCACCGCAAAAAGUGACAAAAGACGAAGGAAGGAAAAGAAACGGUUUUAAAUCUUCAAAGAAAAUUGUGCCCAUAAGUGACGAAGAGGAAGGAGGCAUUCUCUUUGAUAACAUUGCCAAAUCUGCCAUUGACCCCUUCGACACCUCUUCUGGAUCAGUACAGCUGAUAGCCAUCAAACCUGUGGCCCUACCUGCUGUUCAUGCUGCAUCAGAUAGGAGCCAGGAAUCUGCCAUCAUUAAUGGAGAGGUGAACAAGGCUUUGAAGCAGAAAUCCGAUAUAGAACAUUACCGCAACAAGCUGCGCUUGAAAGCCAAGAGGAAGGGGUACUAUGAUUUUCCGCAGGUUGAUAACAACAAGGGGCUGACAGAGAGAAAAAGGAUGUAUGAAAAAAACCAGAAAGAACUUGACCACAUUUUGGAUCCAGAUGCAGACGUCUCGUCUCCAUUUGCUGAGCCUAAGAACAGGCAACCGAUGAAGAACUCGGUAUACAGAAGCAGGCAGUCUUUGAACAGUCCUAGCCCAGGAGAAACUGAGAUGGAUCUUCUUGUGACUCGAGAAAGACCAAGACGUGGAAUCCGUAACAGUGGAUAUGACACUGAGCCUGAAAUUAUAGAAGAAACAAAUGUUGACCGUGUCAACGAGCCUCGGAGUUACACCAGGUCCCGUCAGGCCAAAGGCCACUCGGAGACCUCAACUUUAAGUUCUCAGCCCUCCAUUGAUGAGGUUCGACAGCAGAUGCAUAUGCUCUUGGAAGAGGCUUUCAGCCUGGCCUCUGCGGGCCACGGAGGACAGAGCAGGCAGGAGGUGUACAGCUCAGCACCACACUUGCCCUACUCAGAGGUUGUGACCAGUGCUCCUGGUACCAUGACCCGACCUAGAGGGGGAGUACAGUGGGUACCCACAUACAGACCAGAAAUGUAUCAGUACAGUUUACCAAGACCAGCUUACAGAUUUUCCCAGCUUCCUGAGAUGGUAAUGGGUUCUCCUCCUCCUCCUGUCCCUCCCAGAACAGGUCCUGUGGCUGUUGCCUCUCUCAGGAGGUCUACAUCAGAUAUUGGCAGCAAAGUGAGAAUACCUGACUCCAGUGGGGCAGAUCAGGCCCAGCAUCAUGAUCAGGCAUCUUUUGCACCUGGUUCGAGAGCUCCAAUGUCUGUUGGUCCACUUGAUCAAUCAGCUUUUCACUCAGGUAAUACCGUACCAGCAGUGUUUGCCAUACCAGCAGCAAACCGACCUGGCUUCACAGGCUAUUUUAUCCCAACACCACCCACGGCAUACAGGAACCAAGCCUGGAUGCCCUAUGCCGGAGAGAAUGAAUUACCAGGGCAGUGGGCAGACUCAGUUCCACUACCUGGAUACAUCGAGGCUUAUCCGAGGCCCCGCUAUCAACAUAAUUCUCCUUCGCGACUUCCUCGCCAAUACAGCCAGCAAGCAAGCAUGCAUCCCAGCCUGGAACAAGCUCCUUUGCCGUCCACUGCAGCUUCUCAGCAGAGCCUGACAGAAAAUGACCCAUCCGAUGCUCCUCUCACCAACAUUUCUACAGCUGCCCUCGUAAAGGCAAUAAGAGAAGAAGUUGCUAAACUGGCCAAGAAGCAAACAGAUAUGUUUGAGUUCCAGGUCUAA